AUGGAGGAUCACGGCGCCGUCGUCAAGAUUGUUUCAUGGUUCUUGCUGAUCGUGUCAUCCGGGGCGGUGGCGGCCUGCCUUCUGACGAGCUGGCAUCUUCUCGGAAGGAAGAUCUUGGUUCUGACCCUUCUACUAAGUACGCUGCUCUCAUCCGCGAUCGCCGGGGCCACUGUCUCUCUUGCCGCCACCCGUGGCCUGGGCCGACCAAGGAUCGACGAAGACACCCCCAGAGACCAGCUCGCAGGUCUCCAGACAGCCAUCUACCUGACAGAGGUCUUCCAUGUCCUGACCCUCGGGGUGGGGAAGCUCUCCUUCAUCGCUCUCUUUUACAUGGUUCUGUCCGGGAGCGCGCUGAGGACCCUCACCCGAGCGAUUUUCGGCGUCGGGACGUUUCUCGUCCUCUGGACCUUUGCUAUGGUCGUCGCGGUCGCACUCCAGUGCCGUCCGCCUGAGGUUUGGAAUUUGAUGUCCGGGACAUGCUUGGACGUGACAGCCCUAUGGACCUACUACGGCGUCACGAACAUCAUCAUAGAAGCUCUCUUAUUUGCCGUCCCGAGUAUCCUCAUCUACCAGCUUCGCAUGCGCUUGCGCAGACGGUUGGUGGUAAUCGGAUGCUUGAGCGUUCGGACUCUAGACAUCCUUGUCUCCGCCGUUCAACUCCACUACGUCCACGGCUUCGAUCCCAGCCCUGCCCUACCCGUGGCGCUCUACCCAUGGAUGCUGUGCGGCCAGGUCCUGCAGACAGUCACCAUCGUGGCAGCGUGUGUGCCCUAUCUCCGCGAGUUCCUCGAGUCCUUCCCGAGCGGCAUGCUGAAGCCGGCUGGGGUAGAGCGCACGACAGGCUUGCGGUACGGGUCGGGGUCUACGCGGCUGUUGGAUAGUGAUUCGGGGCCGUCGCCGUAGUUACCACUGGAG